UGGUGCGGCGCGGCGCGGCGUGUCCCAGCCCGGUACACAAGAGAGUGACCUGCCAACCUGCGCGCUCUCGCUCGCUCGCUCAUUCGUUCGUUCUCUCUCUCUCUCUCCUCUCUCUCUCUCUCGCCCGAGCGUUCGACGGAACGACCGACGGAGCGGCCGGCCUGCGUUCACCUGCGCGCAAGGUUGCUGCGGGAGAAGCAUAGCGGCGGCGGCGGCGCGCGGUUCUUCUGAGUUCUCCGCGUGAACCGACCACGAGCGAGAACGCGAGCGUGGACGCGUCGCGAUCGGCGCACGUUGCGACGAGCGAGUGAGCGAGUGCGUGUGUGCGUGCGUGCGUGCGUGCGUUCGCUGUCCGGUCAACUACGUUAUUCUCCACGUAGCUUCGCGUUCAGCAUUAUCGCCGAUAUAUGCGGUGAUCACACACGGUCGAGGAACCAACCGAUCGAGCGAACGAACGAAGAACGAACGAGCGAGCGAGCGAGCAGGCAGAAGACCGAGCGACCUGACACACAACAGAGAGAAAUGGACAGGGACCAUAGGGAGCAACGCGAUAAUCUGAGCGAGAAGGAACCGGACUGCAAAGUUGGAAUGGCUUUCUGCAGCCUCUCCCACCAUCGCGAUCGUACGCCGGAUGCCGAUGCAGAGAGAGACAUGGACAUCGAUCCGGCUGAUCAUGUCGAGAACUUGCAUGAUGACAAGCCCGAGAAAUUAGGAAGAAAUUUUCAUAAUAUAGGACAUCAUCCAGCCAUGAGAGAUGUAGAUAGGGAUCAAAAUAAUCACGUUGAUAUGCAUGACGAUAAGAUGGAUCUCAAGAUAGGAAGAGACUUUCGUAAUCUCGGCCAUCAUCCUGGAAUGGUUCAUUUGCAUUCUGGCAUGGAGCAUUUGACUAAUGUUGACGUUGAGGUGAAAUUAGCGAGGGACGUUCGUGGCUCAUUAGGCUUAGGACUGUCCUUAGAACUUUGUGUAGUUUGUGGGGACAGAGCUAGUGGCAGGCAUUAUGGAGCGAUCAGCUGCGAGGGUUGCAAAGGUUUUUUUAAGCGCAGCAUCCGCAAGCAGCUGGGCUAUCAAUGUAGAGGAAGCAAAAGUUGCGAAGUUACCAAACAUCACAGAAAUCGCUGUCAGUAUUGCAGACUUCAGAAGUGCUUGGCGAUGGGCAUGAGAAGCGACUAUCGAGUGAAGAUCGAGAUCGAAUCUAGGACUUGUUACGAUGUUGCAGCUGUACAACAUGAGAGAAAACCAGUAUUGGGUGAUUCGGCUGGGACAAAAGUUGGCAACCGUAACCCUAGGGUAAAACCUGAGCCGCAACAGCCUGCGCCCGAGGCAUUGCCGACUUGGGAACAACCCGAGAGCCCUAGCAUGGAAGACCAAAGCAGCGAUAGUGACGCUCUCAGCGAUGCUUUGACCUUAGCUCGUGAGCGUUUACUUCUUUCUCAUGCGUUAGCAGAUAGUAUGGCUAAAAUCAUUGGUGAUAAUGUUAAUGGCUCGAGCGAACCAGAGGAAGAAUGGACCGGCCAAUUAAUCUCUGAGCGAAAUACGUUGUUUGAAUUGAGGGCGCCUAGCCCAGCACCUGUGUAUUUGUCUAUUCACUACAUAUGUGAAAGUGCAGCUAGAUUAUUAUUUUUGUCUGUACAUUGGGCACGAGGAAUUCCAGCAUUUCAAGCUUUGCCAUCUGACGUUCAAACUACUUUAGUUAGAAGUUCCUGGGGACAAUUGUUCACAUUAGGUCUGGCACAAUGUGCAUAUACCUUGUCACUUCCUAGUAUUUUGACAUCGAUAAUUAAUCACUUACAAGCUAGUAUCGCACAAGAGAAAGUCACCGCUGGCAAAGUAAAAUGCGUUACAGAACAUAUAUGGAGACUACAGGAUUGUGUAAAUUCACUGCACAAGCUACAAGUGGAUUCCGUUGAAUACGCAUAUCUUAAAGCUUUAACACUUUUUAGUGCUGAUAAUGUCUUAGCAGGCAUCUGGCAUAAGAAAGUUGAAGUCUUGCAGGAAGCAGCAUGGACGGAGCUGCAGCAACGUGUAGGCUCCGAUAGAUUACCUCGCCUUCUGUUGAGGCUAGCACCUCUCCGUUCGAUUAAUCCUAGAGUUUUGGAGGACCUCUUCUUCUCGGGUCUCAUCGGUCGAGUAAGCGUGGCUAGCGUCGUGCCUUAUAUCCUUACCAUGCAAGAUUAUAAAACUGAACCAGAAAGUCAUGCAGGGUGACGAAUAUUGUCAGUGCAAUAUAAAUCGCGACCUAAAAGAGUGAUAUAAACGUAAAUGUUGGAUGCCUCGUUUUUGUACAACGAAAAUGUUUACCGUUGACAUUUGAUUUUCGCAUUUCCCUUUUUCUUUUCGAAUAUUUGCACAAGAAUAUGACGUAAUAAUGAGG